CAAUUCAACUCAAUAGGCCUAAAAGAACACGAGUUGGCGAAAAGAUUGCUUAGAGCAGCUGACUUUUAAAAUUUGAUUUACUUCCAAAUUUGCAUUGCAAUUAGUUAUACGUCUGGGAUCUUAUAUGCGAUUCAUAUCUCUGAGCAAAUUACGCGUGUUUAGCUUGAAAAGUUGUUCUCACCAAUUCAGGAAAGCGAUUUGUUUGUCGUCAACAAGAGAGCUAACUACAACAACAAUGACCGGGGAUGAAAAUAAAGAAAACGGGAAAACGGCAAAUAAUGAAGAUCAAGAAGUUACCAUUGAGAAAGUUGUAGCCAAAGACAAUAAAGGAAUCGAUUACAGCAAAUUGAUAAAACAAUUUGGAAGUGCUCCUGUUUCAAAGGACCAAAUUGAAAGAAUAGAGAAGAUAACUGGAAAAAAGGCCCAUCAUUUUCUCAGAAGAGGAAUUUUCUUUUCACAAAGAGAUCUGAAUAUUAUUUUGGAACAUCAUGAAAAGCAAAAGCCGUUCUACCUUUAUACUGGCAGAGGACCAUCUUCUGAAGCAAUGCAUCUUGGCCAUCUAAUCCCAUUCAUCUUUACAAAAUAUCUGCAAGAUGCAUUCGAUGUCCCUUUAGUCGUACAAUUGACUGAUGAUGAAAAAUUUCUCUACAAGGAUAUUUCUGUUGAUGAAGCUCAUAGAUUGGCUUAUGAAAAUGUUAAAGACAUCAUAGCUUGUGGUUUUGAUGUCAAUAAAACAUUCAUAUUUUCAGACAUAGACUAUAUUGGGCAAUGUUCAGAUUUUUACAAGAAUAUACUGAAAGUCCAGAAAUGUGUAACAUUUAAUCAAGCACGUGGAAUUUUUGGUUUUGGAGAAAGUGACAAUAUUGGUAAAAUAUCAUUCUCUGCAAUCCAAGCAAGCCCAAGUUUCAGUUCUUCGUUUCCACAUAUUUUUGGACCUGCAAAGAGUCUGCCAUGUUUGAUUCCAUGUGCCAUUGACCAGGACCCAUACUUCAGAAUGACAAGAGAUGUUGCUCCAAGGCUAGGCUAUCAUAAGCCUGCUCUCAUUCAUUCAACUUUCUUCCCAGCAUUGCAAGGUGCAAAGACAAAAAUGAGCGCCAGUGAUCCAAAUUCAUCAAUAUUUUUGACAGAUACCCCAAAGCAAAUAAAAAAUAAGGUGAAUAAGCACGCCUUUUCUGGCGGAAAAGACACCAUAGAGGAGCAUCGUAGUCUUGGUGGUGACGUUACUGUUGAUAUUGCAUAUCAAUAUUUGACGUUUUUCUUAGAAGACGACGACAGAUUACAGCAAAUCAAAGAGGAUUAUUCAAGUGGCAAAAUGCUAACUGGAGAGCUGAAGAAAGAAUUGAUAUCGGUUUUGCAUCCAAUCGUAGCUCAACAUCAGGAACGACGUAAGAAUAUUACUGAUGAAAUUCUGAAAGAUUUUAUGACUCCACGAAAACUCGCAUUUCAGUAUUCUUAGUGACUUAUCAAUUUGUUGCUCAAAUAGAUGACAAUUGGAGGUAUAAGCACGAGGAGAAUACAAAUUUAAUUAGAGUAUGCUCAAAUGAAGAUUAAAUAGAUUUCCAAAUGAUUUGUCUUUGUUUAUCA